AUGCCUAUGGUAGCAGCCAGUAACUUUUGGCCUGAUACUCUUCAAAAUUUCAUAAUAGAUCGUCCUUUAUCAUUACCAUUUGAUCGACAUCGUCUGCCUGAUGAGCAGCGCACUGGCCGCGGCAUAUCAGUUUCAUUUCGAUUUGCGAAAGAUCUUUCAGGUGCCUUUAUUACUUAUGCUUCAAUAAAUAAUAUCCAACUGGAACACUUGGCAUUUGCUUCGUAUUUUAUAUUCUUAUUUAACCCUAGUCCGUCCAACAUGGGCCAUUUUUUACCCACAUCCGAAGUAGACGUUUUUUUAUAA